AUGCGCUCUCGACGCUGGGGACCGACCUCAACGAAGGGCUGCAGCUUCUUGGAGCCCCUCAACCCCAAUGCUCAGUCCGACGAUAUGACCACCAAGGUAUUGUUGGGGCGCGAAGCUUUGGCCACAAGCAAACACGACGCAUUUUUGUCGUCACAAGUGUCGGCAGAGGCAUCUUUGAGAGAGGAGUCAACAACACCAGUUGUUUUGCUCUUUUUCGAGCGCAUGCAAGAGUUGUUGAGCCUUCUGCGACGUUACAUGAAGAGGUGGCGGCAAUUUGCUCACGAACAUAAUAUUUUGUUUUUUCUUGAGGGCAUACAGAGGGGGGCCGUUAUCAAACAAGUCCUCCGUAUGUUCUACAAGUGGUUUUUGUUUGCGUCUCGCAGCGCUGCUGUAAGAAAUAUGGAGCAUUCUUUAAUGAAGGAGGCGUCCUUGAGACUGGCAUCUCGUUAUUUGAAACUCUGGCGGAUGGCUGUUGAGCUUCGGCAGAAACGGUCACGACAAAUUCUCGUCUUGCGUGGUAUACGGUAUGGGGCCGAACGCUCUUUGGCGAGGCGCCAAUAUCUUCGAUGGCGGGCCGCGGCGAGAAGAAAGGUUGAAUUGCGCCGGAGAUUGGCAGUUUUAUCGGAAUCCCGUACAAUUCAUUUGGCACAUUUUUUCUUUGUGACUUGGAUGCGGUGGCGGCAAAGAAAUUUUUAUACAACACAGUUGGGGCUUAUUAAGUAUGCAGCCUUCCGUUCUUUGGCUCGAUGCACACUACAGAGGUGGGGUUUGCUUCUUUCCCGCCGCAUUGUUGCCCGGGAUAUGGAAAGGUGUAGCCUUGAGCGAUUUGUUGGGGGGUUCUUGCUGCGUUGGCGGCGAUAUGCUCACACCUGCAAAUCUCUUCGCUUUAUUGGGCACAAAGCUUACUGGCGUGUUGCGCGUCGAGCUUUUGGAAAGUGGAAAAUGUGGCUUGUUCGUAUUGUUGUCACGUUGCAGCUUGAAAAACGUAACACAGUGCUUCUUGUACAAGUGUACUUUUUUCGCUGGUUGAUGUUUUACAGAGUGCAUCGUUUGGAUUACAAUGCCUUUCUUUCUUCCUUUUUGCUUUAG